CAGCUACCUCGGGAGGAGAUUCUUGCAGCGAGAUGGUGUGCGGCCCUCGCUCGUCCUAAUCACCAUUUGAGACCUGCUGCCAAUGGACUAAUCCCUCAGAACCUACCAUCGAUGUGAAGCCUGCAACGUACCGAUCAGUGCCACGCCGCAUUCAUUCUCCCGCCCUCUCUCCAUCGUCGCUGUUCAUGUGAGAUAGCAUUGGUAAACCAGCAAACACGCACUCAUUACCCUAGCCGAAACACCGAUUCAGAUCCCGACCCAGUCUCUCUUUUAUCAAGCCUUUUCGCAUCACCGACCUCCUAAUGACUUCUCCGUACCAGCCGUCUCUGUCGUACUCGCCGUCUGUAGCCGGCCCCGACAUGACAGCUGGUUCCUCGAGACCAGUCUCCGACCUGCCCCAAUCCCAGGUGGACGCAAUCAUCCGCACCAAGCGAAAGGCGCGCGAGCCAAAAGCCUGCUAUCCAUGUCACGCUCGAAAAGUCAAAUGCGAUCGUAACCUACCAUGCGACGGUUGUGUCAAGCGCGACCAUGCCGAUCUUUGCUCGUACGAACGUCCGUCGAAAAAGCGCGUCACGACUGGCCCGCUCCCACAACCUUUCCGGGAUGGACCUGUCGUCGGAAGUCAGCCGGCUGGUGUAGAGAACCUUGGGUUUUCGGCCGAGGCUCCUGUGCGCCUGAAACAAGAACCGGGUGUGAGUCGACCAAGUGUAACAGGAAAUGGAGGCCGGGUUUCAAUUGCGCGCGAGGAGUGGGACAAUGUUCGUACCAGACUGAAGGAGAUGGAGCAAACGAUCAACACCCUACGAGUUGGUCUGGAAAAGGCAGACGAAGGGCCGGCUUCCACCUUGGAGACGGGCAGUGUGCAGAGCGGGGAUGCAAGUAACCGAUCCAAGGGUGCUUCGCCGGAACGGGAGGGCAUCCAUGCGCCGAAUACGUUUGGCGAAGGCACUGUUCAUCUGGGAUCCAGGUCGGUCCUCGCCUACAUCUUGAACAACAAGUCUGGGUCCGAUCAGCUCCAAGCGCUCCUAGAAGGUGGAAUCUUGCCGAAGCUGGGCUUGGAUAAUGAGUCCGCGACAUAUCCGUUCGUUGAUCUGUGGUCAUCGGAUAUGUCAACAUUUGAUAUCAGUGCAGUCUGCAGUGCAUUGCCAAGUGACCAACAAUGCCAAGAAUUCUUCUACUAUUACCGGGAUAUAGCAGGCGCUAUCUACCCGGUCCUCGAGGACGUCCCUCAGUUUGAGGCGAAUCUCAAUCUCAUGCUACGGAAUAGGACGUCCAUGGGUGGGACGUAUCGCGCGGAUGCCGAUCAAGCCCAGAAGCCCUUUGGUGUCACUAUUGCCUACAUGGGUCUGUUGUUCGCCGUGUUAGCUUCUGGCUGCCAGUCAUCGGAUUUGCCGGGGAAAGAAAGAGAGCUAACCUCUCAAGUCUACGUAUGCUGCUCCUAUCAGUGUCUGCGGAUGACCAACUUCCUGUCCCAACCCACAGUAGACGCCAUGCAAACGCUGCUCGUAAUCGGCAAUGUGUUAUCAUACAACAUGAAUCCUGGUAUAUCGUAUGUUUUGCUCGGUAUGACUCUUCGAAUGGGGCUGGCGCUUGGCUUGCACGUGGAAUCCGGUCAUUUCACUGCUGCGGAGCGAUAUCGUCGACGCCAUGUCUGGUGGUCUAUGGCAUGGCAGGAUAGCCACUUCUCCCUUUCCUACGACCGACCUUCGACGACCGCCGUGAGCCAACCCGAAAUCGCAUACCGUGGAGACCGGAACCCCGGUGAAAUCUCCUAUUUCGAGACACUCUGUCGGAUCAUAUCUCUGGCGCUGGAGGUGGUUCGUAGUCGAAUGCUGAGUCCCCACUCGCAACUGAGCUACAAGACCAUUCAAGCAUACAAAGAACGCAUCCAGCAGAUCAUGAUCGAGGCCAAGCCCCACCUCCGAGACCGAAAAUACUGCCUCUCGGCAACCGAACACCUGGAACGGGUCGUCCUCAAGCUGCACUCGUCUUACUUUUCUUCUGAGCUCUGCCGGCCAGCGCUCAAAGCAACCGCUGACAUCAGCGACCCAGCCUUAUCCAGCAUGCGCUCAGACUGUGUGAGCAACUUGAUGACCACGGUGGAAGCCUAUGUUGAGAUGCACACGGUCAGCUCCCACGCGUCGCGCUCAUGGAUUGCAUUGCAACGAGCAAUUAGCUCUAUUUUCUUGCUGGCUGUCACCGAGGAGGUUAAGGGCAUUUCUCGUUUCUGGACUCUUCUGCAACAGCUCAAAAUGAUCAUAUCGGAGCGAGCCAACAUCGAGGGCGAAUUCGGGCCCACCGAACCUACCGUCCCUCCGACUGACGGCAGCGUGCGCCUUGGUACCGUCCAAAGACCCCCCAGCACUGCCGCACCAAGCCCCAUGGGCCUCAGUUCCGCCUCUCCAGCAUCUGCCGGCGUAGCUGUCGACACACAAACUCAAUGGGCCAAGCCUCUAACCAAGACCCUCCGCGCCCUGGAGAAGUUGGAGGCCGCAUUCGGUGCCCAGGCCGCCCGUGCUGCCAGCCAGGCCGGAUCCCCGGCUUAUCUGAACCCAGGCCCCUUGGGCGUCCCCCCUGUGUCGGCCAGCAUGACGCCCAGUCUUGGGUCUCUUCCACCGCCAACCCCGGAAAGCUCGACCAGUGGCGAGUGGACGAUACCCAACAUCCUGGACCGAGCAGCGGAGUACAUCCACCCCCCGCUCUGGAGCUGAGGGUCGUACGAUAGGUGUACAUUUGAUCUGUUUAGGCGCUUGAUUUCAUUUUCGCAUGGGUACAGGGGUUGGCUGGGUAGGAUAGCACGGCCGGCGCAUACAAUCUGGGAACAACUUGUAUUUUGAUCUUCCUUCUAGUACCAUACUACAUAUCUAUUCAAUUGGAUUAUCUCCUCCUCUC